AUGCCUUCCUUCCCCUGGACCCUAGACCGCUGUGGAGGUGUACGGGUGUGGAGUGGUGUCAGAUGGGAUUACCCUGUGGGUCUGGAGACGAGGAUACAGAUUGUAUUUUCCGGGGUGGACGACUAUGCCAAAGAUCUAUAUCGAGGAACCGGUCAACGUACCCGUCACGUAUCGAGGGAUCCUCAUACCGUUCUAGUUCAACGUCCCUCCCUCAAUCCGAACGUGCGCCAUGGAGAGCAAUACGAACCGUUGCUUGUUUGCUGGACCCCUACCCCGAAAGUCGACCGAGGUAACAUGGAUUGUACUCCUAUAUUUCGUGUACAUGGAUCCGCGGUGGCGGACGGUGUUAGGGAAGGCGUUUGGGAUGAUGUCAUGGGGGGGGGGAGUGUGGGUAUGAUGGUGACGCUGAGGAGAGGACGAUGGGGAUUCUUUUGCGGGGUGGAAAGGAUAAGCGGGGAUGAAGGAAAGGAAGGGUGGGGGACGGAGAGGGUUAUGUAUAGACCGCAUAAUACGACGUAUGUUGUGCUUGGAGUUGUGUUUCUGUGGUUUGGAUGGUUUGGGUUCAACGGCGGGAGUGCGCUUAGUGCUAACCUCCGAGCUGCACAUGCCUGUAUCGUGACGAACUUGGCUGCGAGCUCUGUCAUUGGGUUCUGCUCUGGUGCUAUCACCGGUUUAGUCGCUAUCACACCCGCUUGUGGGUUCGUUGGAGCGCCCGCGGCCGUCCUCUUCGGCGUCCUCGCCGGUAUAUGCUGCAACUUUGCCACCCAACUCAAGUACACAUUCAGGCGUACUUGGGAACCUCUUCACCGGGCAUCCUUUGAUGGGAUCGCGGUGAUACCUGGGGGUUGGAUAGACAGGAAUUACGUCCAGUUGGGGUACCAGCUUGCGGAUAGUGUUACGGGGGAGGAGGAGGAGGAGGAGGUGAGGGGAUUGGAUGAGUGGGAUAUGGGAGAGCUUGCUUAUGAUUAUGCUGGGUUUGAGAGGGGGUGUGAUACUGAUGGUGGGAGUGGGAGUUUGGGGGAGAAGGGGGUUGAGAAAAGAAUCCUACCCAUCCUCCUCACUAUCAUACCCAAUACCCGCUCCCAAAUCACCUUCCCCAACAUCCUUGGCGCCAUAUUCUCAUCUCCCCCCAUCAGCUGUAUUAUGUCUCUCCUCCCCGGAAGAUGUGGAGCUGUGGAAGUCGCACAUCUCGAAUUCGAUCUUGUGAAGUUCGUAGGGUAG